CCUACUUCUCUCUCUUACCACCCACCCUGCGACAGCGUUAGAGAGAGAAAGUAAGGCGAUUUUUUUCCCAUUUUCUCCUUUGACCAUGGUGGAGUCUCAGACAUGGACCACCAGAAGAAUGAGCAAUCCACGGUUGCCGGACACCACGGCCAGUGAUCCCGUCCUCGACAUUCCCGCCACUCCGCCAGGAGAUGUACGGAACAACAAUGCCGCCGCAUUCAGCUUCGGAUCUCACCUCUCGCCGAACCUAGUGAUGGCGCUGAUGAUUGCGUCCUGGUACUUAUCUAAUAUCGGAGUUCUCUUGCUUAACAAGUACCUCCUCAGCUUCUAUGGUUAUAGCUAUCCCAUCUUCCUCACUAUGCUUCAUAUGCUAUCUUGCGCCGCUUACAGCUAUGUAGCCAUUCAUUUCCUUGAACUCGUUCCUUUUCAACAGAUUCACUCUCGAAAGCAGUUCUUCAAGAUCUUCGCUCUCAGUGCUAUUUUUUGCUUUUCUGUCGUUUGCGGCAACACUUCAUUGAGGUACCUUCCGGUUUCUUUUAACCAAGCAAUUGGUGCCACAACGCCCUUCUUCACUGCAAUUUUUGCUUUCUUGAUUACCUGCAAGAAAGAGUCUGCUGAGGUGUACUUGGCUCUAUUGCCUGUGGUUUUUGGGAUUGUUGUGGCUAGCAACAGUGAGCCCUUGUUUCACUUAUUUGGAUUCUUGGUUUGUGUUAGUUCCACUGCCGGGCGUGCCUUGAAAUCCGUCGUUCAGGGUAUAUUAUUGACCUCCGAGGCAGAGAAGCUUCAUUCCAUGAAUUUGCUUCUGUAUAUGGCUCCAAUGGCAGCUAUGAUCUUGCUUCCGUUUACUCUGUAUAUUGAGGGAAAUGUGGCAGCCAUUACGGUUGAGAAAGCCAGCCGAGAUCCAUUUAUCAUAUUCUUGUUAGUUGGUAAUGCAACCGUAGCUUAUUUGGUGAAUCUGACAAAUUUUCUGGUGACUAAACACACAAGCGCAUUGACUUUGCAAGUGUUGGGAAACGCCAAGGCAUCUGUGGCUGCUGUGAUUUCGGUUUUAAUAUUCAAAAAUCCUGUGACAGUCAUGGGAAUGAUGGGAUUCGCCAUUACCAUCAUGGGCGUGGUGCUUUACAGCGAGGCAAGAUCCAAAGUCACAACUCAUUGACGAGAAGUCUCAAUAUUCCUUUUUUUGUUGGAUUUUUUUUUAAUUCGUCUUCGUUAUAGAACAAAACUGUGAUUUAGUCGGAUCUCUUUCAAAGAGGAAAGAAACUUAAUUGGAUCCAAAUACAGCAAUUGGAUUGUAUAGGAAGAAGGGGGAAGGGGCAAAAGUAUCAAUUUCUAUACUUUUUGUUGUGAUUGAAGGGUGGUAAAGAGACUAGAAAGGUUAAAUUCAGCCUUUCCCUCCUGGUUGUGUAUUGUUUUAAAAUGUUCGCUGCCCUUUGGCAACAUUUAUAAAUGAUUCAGAGAUGAUAAGUAAAAGCAUUAUUAGGUGAGAGGAAAAUUCACUUUCACUUCAUUUUGUCUACUUAUAUUCUUAAUUUUAUAUUUCAGCUAUCAAGAAAUUCGAAACUCUA